UGCAGCAAGGGGCUACAGCCUCAGGUAGCUCAGGUGCUUCUGAUUAGGAGAAGUGGUCUGUGUUUUGAGUUGUUCUGUGAGAUCGUGGGUUUUGUGUGUAUCAAAGGACAAACUGUGGGCCUUUUUCUGCCUCAACCGAGAGAUUAAAAGUUAUUAGAAGCGACGGAUGGACUUGAUUGGUAAGUAAACGCCAUGUUAUGAAGUUAUUGGAGCUCCGUUUGUUUGGAGCACAUGUCUAAACAACACUCAGCAGCCACCAGCGGCUAAAAGGAGGACGUCAGUCACUACAAUUAAGUCAAAAACUGUUUCAUUGUGGAUCAUCGUCGUCAAACCACCUAUGCCAGCCAAAGUUUGAGGGAGCCACUGGAGAGGAGCUAAAGAGCCUCAGGUUGCUGACCCCCGAGAUAGGUCGUCAAGGCAGCGACUCUCGCGAGAGUUUUGCACGAGCUUUUGCGGGUUACCCUGCAGACAGGACCCAAGACCGGCGACAGGCUAAAUCUGUGGAAGUGUGCUGGUAGGCGGCUAGAAAGUCCUACGAUUUAUCUCCCAACUCAUGUAUUAAUGACAUACUCAAUGUCUCAAAUCGGAUAAACGCCCACUAAUAUAGGAAACUGGGUGUGUUGGCUAACUAAGCGAGCUAACGUGAGCUGACUACAAAGGGGAUAUUAGCUAGCCAUGCUAACUAGCUAGCUGCUGCUACAACACUGUAUCUAUAGUUACACCGGAAUCAUGAGUGAAGAUGACAACUCGGCAUCCGCAAACAAAGACAAGGAGUCGACUCUCUUGCUCACUAAAGACGGACAGAGGUACUACGUGAGUAAGAGCGGAGUGGUCGACAGUAGAAAUGUGAUAACGCCGCACGAACCGGAGAACAACGUCUCCUCCUCUUACGACAUGGAUGAUCCGGACGAGGAGAGCGACGUGUUGGACACUUCGGAUCCCAGAGACAGCGCCGCCAGCCCGGAGGAACUCAACGACGAGGACACGUCGGAGGGCGACAGCGCUCCCAAACAGUGCACCUACGAGGGAUGCACGGAGACCACCACGCAGGUGGCCAAGCAGAGGAAACCCUGGAUGUGCAAGAAACACCGCAACAAGAUGUACAAAGACAAGUACAAGAAGAAGAAGAGUGAUCAGGCCAUGUCCAGUGGCAAACUUGAUCAGGAAAACUCAGAGGAGCGGCCUGUGUCUGUGAACAAACAGCGACUGGGUGCCAUGGGGGACCGGCCAGCCAGACCCUCCCUGAUAGAACAGGUCCUCAACCAGAAAAGAUUGUCGCUGCUCAGAAGUCCCGAGGUGAUCAGCUUCUUGCAGCAGCAGCAGCAGCUCCUUGCCACACAGAGCCGCAGCCAAUCACAACAACAGCAGCAGUUCCAGGGCUGUUGACGCCGGCCGGUCAGUGUUUUACCUUAGUAUUUGUGAUGUAUAGAGAGCACUGAAGAAACACUGGCAUAUCAUGCGUUAAUGGAUAGUAACCGUACACUGUAAAAAAUGAAUUUCCCCAGCCAGACAGCCAUGCCGAUUAAAGAAUAACAUGGUAAUCAAGGGACGUUUUUAAGGCGUAGUGAGACUGGUUGACUAAACUAGGGCUACGUUCACAUUACAGGCAAAUGUGGCCCAAAUCCGAUUUUUUUUUUCACACUGAUGUUAGAUAUGGGUCACUUCAAACAUGAAUGUCUAGGCAAUGAAUGUAGCCCAAGUGAACUGAUCUAAAUCCCUUAAAAGGCGUGAAUUUCU